CUCCUGCUGUGCUCUGCCUACCCGUGUCUUCCUCAUCCUCCCGUGUCUUCCUCAUCCUCCCGUGUCUUCUCAACGGGUGAGUGCUUGGGAAGAAGAGACAUGUGAGCCCUCCUCCCUGCACGGAGGGCUCCGGGCUAGCACCGAGGGGGUGGGGAAGAGAUGCAGCAUUUGCAUUUUCUCCCUUGGCUGUUAGCGCUGGCCCGUCUCCUUGCGCUGGUUAUUUUGGCAAAACCAGCCUCGGGGCUGCCCGGAGGCUCCUGGAUGCCACCCGUCCUCACGCUGCUCUAGGUCUUUUGCAGCAGCUCCUGGAAAAAAAUGCUUCAGAGGCUUAAAAGGGAGAGAUCUUUGGAUGGCUUUCAACUGCACUGUAGAUGCUGGGAAAAAUCAGUAUUUUAAAGAGAAAUCUCGGUAGCAGAUGGUGAUGGCAUUCAUCCAGGAGUGCUUCCUCCUUCUUCCCUUUGAAGGCAUGGAUUUUUCUAGUUCUCAGAUACGGAAGAACUGUCGCUGCCCUGCAUGUUCGUGUUGGCUAACUUCCUGGCAGUUCUUUCCUUGGUUUGGCUUGGAUAUUGGAGGGACCUUGGUCAAACUUGUUUAUUUUGAACCAAAGGACAUCACUGCUGAAGAGGAGGAGGAGGAAGUGGAAAAUCUCAAAAGCAUCCGCAAAUACCUGACAUCAAAUGUAGCCUAUGGAUCUACAGGCAUUCGGGACGUGCACCUUGAACUAAAGGACCUUACCCUGUGUGGACGUAAAGGCAAUCUGCACUUUAUACGCUUUCCUACUCAUGACAUGCCUGCUUUUAUUCAAAUGGGAAGCGAAAAACACUUCUCAAGCCUCCAUACUACCUUAUGUGCCACGGGAGGUGGAGCGUACAAAUUUGAGCAGGACUUUCGCACAAUGGGUGACCUUGAGCUUUGUAAGCUAGAUGAACUCGAUUGCCUUAUUAAAGGAGUUUUGUACAUUGAUUCCGUGGGAUUCAAUGGACAUUCAGAGUGCUACUAUUUUGAAAACCCGACGGAUGCUGAAAGAUGUCAGAAGCUCCCAUUCAACUUGGAGAAUCCGUAUCCUCUCCUCUUGGUGAACAUUGGCUCAGGGGUCAGCAUUUUGGCUGUGUAUUCAAAAGAAAACUACAAACGGGUAACGGGCACCAGCCUUGGAGGGGGAACCUUUUUUGGUCUCUGCUGCCUUCUUACUGGUUGCUCCACCUUUGAAGAGGCCCUAGAGAUGGCAUCCCAUGGAGACAGUACCAAAGUGGACAAACUAGUGCGGGACAUUUACGGAGGAGACUACGAGCGGUUCGGAUUGCCCGGCUGGGCUGUAGCAUCCAGCUUUGGAAACAUGAUGAGCAAGGAGAAGCGGGAAUCUGUCAGCAAAGAGGACCUCGCGAAGGCCACUUUAAUAACCAUCACUAACAACAUCGGCUCCAUAGCACGGAUGUGUGCGCUUAACGAGAACAUUAACCGAGUGGUGUUCGUUGGCAAUUUCCUUCGGAUCAAUACAAUCUCGAUGAGGCUUCUGGCAUACGCUUUGGACUACUGGUCAAAGGGACAGUUAAAAGCACUUUUUUUGGAACAUGAGGGUUAUUUUGGUGCAGUUGGUGCCCUUCUGGAACUCCUGGAUUCAGCCUGACUCCCUGCAGUUCCUGUACAUCAGAUCUACAAAGCUGGGGCGCUUCCUGGGUCGGUCCCUGAGCUCACGUUUUGCUUUAAAACACCCGUUCCCUGGCUGCUAAAUCGAUUGUGGGUGACCUAGUCAGAAGAGGAAAGGAAGAUCCCUUUUGAGUGCUGAAUGCCUACCCAGUUCACAGUUUAUAAAGUUCAGCUGCAGCAUUUUACGUUCCGCAAAUGAAAGGCAUCGCGCUUGCAUUGUGCUGUUAAAUGGUCUGUAAAGGGGAAAGAGCAGUCGCAGCCCUGGCACGUGAAAACCACAGGGACCACUUCUGUUUCCUCCGAGCCCACGCAGUGGCCUCUCAGACACCCUCGGGCUCCCAGUGAGGCUUUAUUCCUGUUACCACCGUUUCUUACCUGUGUGUGCUAGAGACGCAAGGUAAGGCACAAGCCCUGUGGCUCGGGCUGAUUCCGAUUUCAGCCUGUCCAGCUUCUGGACAGACCACGGUGCCCUUUGGUGUGUGCUGGCACGGCGCUGGGAGCGUGUCAGCCUCUGACCUCGAGAUCUGCUAAAAGCAAAUUUGAGGAUGAAACAGCGUGGGUUUGUGUUUUUGCUCUGUUACAAAACUUGGCUGUGUAUCACUAUACCAAAGAGAGAAUUUUUUUUUCUCAGUCGUGCACUUGGGCUCUUCUCUGUUAUGUUCGGUUUUAUGUUUAUCAGUUGCUAAACUGCUGUAGUUUCCGGGGGAAACCUCUCCCUCCCACGUGCAUGCUGUACUCCUCUCUGUUUUCUCUGUGCAUGCCGUCUCGCACGCAGCCCUCGAACCGGGUGGCUGCAGUUUGGAACCCCUAAAGACGGGGUGGGUGUAACACCGCGCGUUCCAAACGCUCUCUGGAAACGACAGAGGUGCUGGGAGUGCCCCAAAAGCCAAAGCAGCGUGCAGGCGGGUUGUGAUCGGAGCGUCCCUGCUCGUGUCUCUGCUUCGCCCUGCUCUUUGCAGAAAUUCAUCCCCGGGCUCGGAUCUGGCGUUACGAGAUGAAGAUCUUUAGUGACAAAGGUGUUUGCGUUCUCUUGGCCGUGCUGCUUCCUAAAAAGGGAAGAAACUACAAAUUCAGAAGACGUCCUCUUUGCUAGCUUAGAUCCUGUGUGAUAUUCCCCUUAAAGCCUGUUCUGUCAGCUCCGGUGGGGAAGUGUUCCAGGCGGCAGACUCAGCAUAAAACAUUUUCCAGUUCCUCGUGGGCCUGGAACUUCCUGAAUGCAUCCAGUGAUUUAGUAACCACAAAAAAAAAAAAAAAAAAGGGAAAAAAGAAAGUAGUGUUCAGGUGAAAGGUAAUCCUGGCUGCCUGCAGGAGAGGAUGCCUGUGCUGUCGGCCGUGUCCCGCUCUGCAGUCAAUAUAACCUGGUGCUGUGAGACGUGAGGGGCUUGGGCAGGAUAAUAGAGAAUCACAGACCAGUUUGGGUGGGAAGGGACCUUAAAUAUCAUCCAGUGCCACCCCCCUGCCCCGGGCAGCGCCCCCUGCCCCCAGCCCAGGGGGCUCCCAGCCCCGUCCAACCUGGCCUGGAACCCUUCCAGGGAGGGGGCACCCACAGCUGCGCUGGGCAAAUUGCAUCUGAGACCUCAUUCAUUCUUCGUUUCUUGUGAAAUCUCAGAAACGAUAUCCCAAGUAGGUGUAUUAAAAACCACUCCACUUCCAAAUUGCUGGUUGUAGGUUUUCUAGGCUUGACUUAACCAUUUCUCUACCCUGUGAAAUGUGAUAAACAGCACGUACCCGGCUGCCGUUUCAGCCACCUCACCCCCCUCACAGUCAAUACUCAGGCCCUGGUUUGACUCGUGAAAAAAGAACAGAAAAACACUUUGGCUUUUUGAAAUGCCCUUGUGCCCAGGACCCGCUUAGCUCCCUGCUGCCAUGCGCUGUGCUAGUGUGGGUUUACCACAUUUAAAUAGUCCCCAGGGGUUUUCUACAGACCACGCCGGUGAGGGGGGGGUAUAACCCUCCUCUGAAUCCUUGUAAUACACAGAAGAAGGGCUGGGUUGUUUUUUUUUGUUUUGUUUUUUUCUUUUUUUCUUUUAUAGCAGUAACCUUUGGGAGCUAAAGACUGCGAGAAGGAAGAAGCUACCUGGAAAUUAUUUUCUUACGCAGAGGGAACCUCUGGAGAGCUGAGGAACCUCGGCAAAGAGCCACUGGUGGCCUGCAGUGUUUGUUCCGCCCACUUGCGCGUGUAACUCCUUUUUUCUGUGGAUUUUGAGUAGAACCUGUGUGGUCUGACAUCCCGCACCAAAGUCCUUGAUGUAUUGUGUGUGUUGGUUUUUUUUUUUUUUUUUGUAAAUUGUUGUGUGUGUGUUUUGUUUUUUUCUUGUAAUAAAACAUUACAGUUAUUUUUAUAUACUUGAAACUCUUGUUUGCUUCUUGGCUCGUUGUAGCUACAGAGCACAGGGCUGAGCGUUGAUCCGCACGGGCACCAGGAACAUCCUGGUGAAAUGGGUGUAAAUGAACCUUCCAGUUGAUUUUUAGCAGUUGAUUAAAAAUAAACGUAGUGAUCCUUGAUUACUCUUUA